AUGAUUCUUUCGUACAUCUUUGGCCUGCUGGUUGCCACUUCCGGCCUGGCCAAGGCCGUCAACAUCACCGGCUAUGAAUAUGUCAUCGUCGGUUCCGGUGCUGGUGGUGGUCCCCUCGCUGCUCGUCUCGCGUUGGCUGGCCACAAGACUUUGCUUCUGGAGGCUGGUGACGACCAGGGUGAAAACUUCAACUACACCAUCCCCGCCUACUCUGCCAGAGCUUCUGAAGAUGAGAAGCUCUCUUGGAACUUCUUCGUCCACCACUACGAGGACGAGGAGCGCCAGGCCCGGGACUGGAAGGUCAGCUACGACACCCCGGAUGGUGAUAUCUACACUGGUCUGAACCCUCCCGAGGGUUCGACCAUGAAGGGAGUUCUCUACCCUCGUACUGGUACCCUCGGUGGUUGCACUGCCCACAAUGCCCUGAUUGCCGUCUACCCCCACCAGUCUGACUUUGAAUACAUUGAGAAAAUCACUGGUGAUAACUCUUGGACCCCUGCCAACAUGCGCAAGCACUUCGAAAAGCUUGAGAACAACGGUUACUCUCUCCCCGCACAGGAGGGCCACGGCUACGACGGCUGGCUGUCGAUUGAAGAAGCCCCUCUCAGCAUUGUCCUGAAGGAUACCCAGCUGCUGAGCAUGCUCACUGGCGGUGCCUUUGCCCUCGGAAACUUCACCAACACCAUCAUGAACAUUGGCACUCUGCUGCUCGGUGACGCCAACGCCGACUCCAAGAGCCGUGACACCGACCCCGGCUACUACCAAAUCCCUAUUUCCACCGAUGACGCCCACCGCAACGGUCCUCGUGAAUUCAUUAUCGAGGUCCGCGAUGCUAAGAACGCUGAUGGCUCCAAGAAGUACCCCCUCGAUGUCCGCAUGAACACCCACGUUACCAAGGUCGUCUUUGACGAGUCUGAGGACCCUCCCCGCGCCACCGGUGUUGAGUUCCUCGACGGUGAGCACCUGUACAAGGCUAGCCCUAUGUCCCGCUCCGCUCUUCCCGGAAAGCCCGGUUCCGCUACUGCUUCUCGCGAAGUUAUCGUUGCCGGUGGUGUGUACAACUCUCCUCAGAUCCUCAAGCUCAGUGGUGUCGGACCCGCCGAUGAGCUCAAGAAGUUCGGUAUCAAUGUCAUCAGCGAUCUCCCCGGUGUCGGAACCAACCUGCAGGACCACUACGAGAUCUCCGUCCAGGGUAAGAUCGAGGAAGACUUCUCUUGCUUGGACAAGUGCACCUUCAGCAUCCGCGACCAGGAAGACCCCUGCAUCAACGACUGGGAGUCUCCCAUCCUCGGCGACCGCGGUAUCUACUCCUCCCCCGGUCUCGCCGCCACCAUGCUCUACAAGAGUUCCACUGCCGGCGACGACUUCGACAUCUUCGAGUUUGGUGGUCCCGUCAACUUCCGCGGCUACUUCCCCGACUACAGCAUCAACGCCACCGACGAGCACAACUGGUUCACCUGGGCCAUUCUCAAGGCUCACCCCCGCAACAACGCCGGUACCGUCAUGCUCCAAUCCGCCGAUCCCCUCGAGAUGCCCAAGAUCACCUACAACUACUUCGACAGCGGUGUCGGCGACUACGACGCCGAUCUCACUGCCAUGUACGAGGCCAUCGAGCUUGCCCGUGAUGCCUUCAACCGCCAGCUCGUCAACAUCACCGAGGUUCUCCCCGGUCCCGACGUCCAGUCCGAGGAAGACAUCAAGCAGUACGUUAAGGAUGGCGCUUGGGGCCACCACGCCUCUUGCACCUGCCCCAUCGGUGGUGACAAUGACCCCAUGGCUGUCUUGGACUCCAAGUUCCGUGUCCGUGGUGUCUCUGGUCUCCGUGUUGUCGAUGCUUCCGUGUACCCCAAGGUCCCCGGUACUUUCACCGCGGUCUCUACCUACAUGGUUGCCGAGAAGGCUGCUGAAGAUAUUCUUAACGAGCUCAAGUCUAGCUCUUAA